AUAUACCCUGGCCAAAACACAAUCAUGGAAGAAAGACUUCAGAUAAUUUCCAUGGCUGCUGUUCCUAAAACGUGAACUUUCUUUUCCUGUGUUCUACUGCCUCUUUGCUUUUUUGGAUCAGUUUGCAUUGUACAAGUUCCUUUAUUUAUAGUUUUGCUUUUCCAAAUGAUUGCUCCUUUUCUAUGAGUUCUCAAGAGUUGUUAACAUGGAUUAUAGUUAUCUGUCCUUUGCUAGUAUCUGGUGGACAAGUAAGAAACCAUUUUCUCUUAUGAUGAUUAUAUAUUUUUUUAUCCCACUUUUCUCUAAGAUUGAAUUAUUUAGAUUGUGAGUAUUCUUCACAUCAUUGAUAUUUAUAAGUUAUUUAUUCCUGAAUGUAUUGAUAGCAUGGUCAUUGGAAGUAAGAAAAAUUAUUCCGUCUGUAUAGCUUUGGAGGGCCCAUAUGCUGUUUAAAAUACUUAGUUAAGAAAAUGUUUUCCUUUAAAGAGAAUGCUCAGUGUAUAGGACAUGAACCCCAAAUUUUGGUGAUUGGUUAAUUUUGAAAAAUUAGAUUUUAGUUGACAGAAUGUCAGUGAUGGAAGGUAUGACCAGUCUUAUAAGAUUUUUUUGAAAAAACUAAGCAUUUAUUUUGAUGUAUUUGCUUCAGUCUUUUAUACUCAUGAGAAAUUCUCCUUUGAAAAAAUUUCACUGCCUUUGAACAAUUUGAAGUGAAUAUUUCUUUCCUUUUUAAAGAUGGACUCUAGCUUCACAUUUUUACACAUCUUGGACAAUUACGCAAAUGAGGAUUUUGUCAUAAUUGUGCCAUUUUGAUUCUCUAGUCAGAGUUUUCUAUUAAGUAUUUGUUUACUUGCAGGUAUAUUUGCGUACUUAAACUACCAUGUUCCUCGCACAAGACGAGAGAUCUUGGAGACCCUAAUCAAAGGCCUUCAGAGACUGGAGUACAGAGGAUACGAUUCUGCUGGUGUGGGAGUUGACGGAGGUAAUGACAAAGACUGGGAAGCAAAUGCCUGCAAAAUCCAGCUCAUUAAGAAGAAAGGAAAAGUUAAGGCACUGGAUGAAGAAGUUCACAAGCAACAAGAUAUGGAUUUGGAUAUAGAAUUUGAUGUGCACCUUGGAAUAGCUCAUACCCGUUGGGCAACGCAUGGUGAGCCCAAUCCUGUCAACAGCCAUCCUCAGCGUUCUGAUAAAAAUAAUGAAUUUAUUGUUAUUCACAAUGGAAUCAUCACCAACUACAAAGACUUGAAAAAGUUUUUGGAAAGCAAAGGCUAUGACUUUGAAUCUGAAACCGACACAGAGACAAUUGCCAAGCUUGUGAAGUACAUGUACGACAAUCGGGAGAGUCAGGACACCAGCUUUACUACCUUGGUGGAGAGGGUCAUCCAACAACUGGAAGGUGCUUUUGCCCUUGUAUUUAAAAGUGUUCAUUUUCCUGGCCAAGCAGUUGGCACAAGACGAGGUAGCCCUCUGUUGAUUGGUGUACGAAGUGAACAUAAACUGUCUACUGACCACAUUCCAAUACUUUACAGAACAGGCAAAGAUAAGAAAGGAAGCUGCAAUCUCUCUCGUGUGGACAGCACAACUUGCCUUUUCCCUGUUGAAGAAAAAGCGGUGGAGUAUUACUUUGCUUCUGAUGCAAGUGCUGUCAUAGAGCACACCAAUCGCGUCAUCUUUCUUGAAGAUGACGACGUUGCAGCGGUGGUGGACGGCCGUCUCUCUAUCCAUCGAAUUAAGCGGACUGCAGGAGACCACCCCGGACGAGCUGUGCAAACCCUCCAGAUGGAACUUCAGCAGAUCAUGAAAGGCAACUUCAGUUCAUUCAUGCAGAAGGAGAUUUUUGAGCAGCCAGAGUCAGUGGUGAACACAAUGAGAGGAAGAGUCAACUUUGAUGACUACACUGUGAAUUUGGGCGGUUUGAAGGAUCACAUUAAGGAGAUCCAGAGGUGUCGGCGUUUGAUUCUUAUUGCUUGUGGAACAAGUUACCAUGCUGGUGUAGCAACACGUCAAGUUCUUGAAGAGUUGACCGAGUUGCCUGUUAUGGUGGAGCUAGCCAGUGAUUUCCUGGACAGAAACACACCAGUUUUUCGAGAUGAUGUUUGCUUUUUCAUUAGUCAGUCAGGUGAGACAGCAGAUACCCUGAUGGGUCUUCGAUACUGUAAGGAGAGAGGAGCUCUAACCGUGGGGAUCACGAACACGGUCGGCAGCUCCAUAUCAAGAGAGACCGACUGUGGAGUUCACAUCAAUGCCGGGCCUGAGAUUGGCGUGGCCAGCACAAAGGCAUAUACCAGCCAGUUUGUGUCCCUCGUGAUGUUUGCCCUCAUGAUGUGUGACGACAGGAUCUCCAUGCAGGAGAGACGCAAAGAGAUCAUGCUUGGCCUGAAGCGGCUGCCUGAUUUGAUUAAGGAAGUCUUGAGCAUGGAUGAUGAAAUUCAGAAACUGGCAACAGAGCUGUAUCAUCAGAAGUCGGUCUUGAUAAUGGGACGUGGCUAUCAUUACGCUACUUGUCUUGAAGGGGCCCUAAAAAUCAAAGAAAUCACGUACAUGCACUCUGAAGGCAUCCUCGCUGGUGAGCUGAAACACGGCCCCCUGGCUUUGGUGGAUAAGUUGAUGCCUGUCAUCAUGAUCAUCAUGAGAGACCACACGUACGCCAAGUGUCAGAAUGCCCUUCAGCAGGUGGUUGCUAGGCAGGGACGGCCAGUGGUGAUCUGUGAUAAGGAAGAUACGGAGACCAUCAAGAACACGAAAAGAACAAUCAAGGUGCCCCACUCGGUGGACUGCCUGCAGGGCAUUCUCAGCGUGAUCCCCUUACAGUUACUGGCCUUCCACCUGGCGGUGCUGCGAGGCUAUGAUGUUGAUUUCCCCCGGAACCUUGCCAAAUCUGUAACUGUAGAAUAAGGGGCAUCUGAAACUGGGCCAUACCGCAACACAAGACACCUUUUGUAUUUAAAACCUUGAUUUAAAAUAUCACCCCUCGAAGCCUUUUUUAGUAAAUCCUUAUUUAUAUGUCAGUUAUAAUUACUCCAUUCAAUUGUGAUUUUUGUGAAAUUACCUCAUAUUUUUCCAGUAAUUUGUGGGGGAGUUUGAAUAAUGGAAUCUACAUUGGUAUCGGUAUCAGAGAUUUAGCUCUCAUUUUCUCUAAAGGAUGUGGAGUGUUGGAUUUCUGGGCCCUCCACUUCAGUCUGAGAGGAUUGUGUGCUUUUAAAAUAAUUGGCAUAUGUUUUAACAUACUUUUGUUCAUUCAGGCCAAUGAAAGAGUUAGUGCAUUUAAUUGGAAUAUUUAAAGCCAGCAGCAGUGUACUUGGACAUUUAAUUAAGAUUUUGCUAAUUUUUAAAGAGAAGAUGCUGUGAUUUAUUUUGAGAUUUGUUUGUAUUUUCUUUUUAAGUCAAACUGUAAAACUCAAAACUGUAAACUUUUCUUGGUGGGAUUUCUAUCUAAGUUAAUCUUAGUCUCUCAAACUUGUUGCCUGUGGGUCAAGGUAUCUUAGGAAGCUAAAUAGUAUAGUAGUUCAUUGGUUUUCUCCAGCCCUUAGCAGAAAAUAUUUGCACAAUUUCAUAGCACAAACCUUAAAUUUGAGCUGCUUUAAACAACUGACAAUAUGAUUUUAAAUCUGAAGACGGGACACAUAACAUGUCGGAUCUCCUGCUCCGUGUUUUUUCAUCUCCUGGAAGUGGUUUUAAUUUCUUUGUAUGUGUAGUUUUUUUUAAAAAAUUACUGCUGAGUGACAGAUUUUAUCUUCUUCUUUGAAAUCACCCCAGAGUUGCUAUCAGCUGCCUCAAAAUGCAUCAGUAGUGAUAUACUGAGAAUUCUCUCCAGCUCUGUCCCAGAGAAGAGUCCGUGCAGUUAGUUUUAACUUCCUUCACUGCCUGGUUGCGUCUAGUGCCUUCGUGCCAGUUUGGAGGCUCCCUGCAGUUGUUUGGAGCGUUUGCAGGUCUUCUGACGAAUCAUUUGACUCUAAAUGUAUGUGAUGAGCUAAGAUUAGAAAAAGCUAUGUGCUUUUUUACACUGGUAUUAGUGAAGGAUUAUAUAAAAUUUAGUAUUACUUUCUACGUAUUUUCUCUCUCUAUAUUCUGUGUUCUACCCCUGAAAUAUAUUUAGGAAUGAAAAAGAUAUAAAUAAAUUAGGUAAUGUUGAGGUGCCUUCAGCUGGCUAGUGUCAGAAAUGGAAACUUACAAAUUAGAUUGAAAUAUUUAGAAUAGAAUAUUAGUUUGACACCCAAAAAGUCGCAAAUAAUAAUCUCUUCAUGGAGCUUUUUGGGCCAGAUCUUGGGGGUUAUAGGACAGUAUUUGUUUUGGUUAAGUCCUUCUCUUUCAAAAGUUUUCAUUUAUCAAUUGUGAUGGUAAGAUGUUUAGUAUAAUUAUUUAAGCAAGCUCAGUCUUUUCCAUUUUCUGUGUUUGAACUUCCUGAGGAGGUUAAGAUGUUCUGAUAGCUGUUGUAAGAGAAGCAUAGAAUUCUUUCUGCCUGUGUGUUAGGGUCGGAGAAAAAACUGGCAUAUCUUGAGGUAAUUCAGAAGGACUCUUAGAUGUAGACUAGAAACCUGUUUUUAAAAAUGAAAUACGAUUACUCUUCUCAUCACAUAUAUGCUACCACAGCUACGUUUAUCUACUUCAAUGGUUUCUAAUAAUAUUUUGUGUAGGCCUGCUAGUUUUAGUAUAUGUAGUGUCAUUCUUAUGUUUGUUAUAUUAGCAUUUUAUGCACGUGAUUUGUAUGGAUUCGCAGCAUUUCUGAAGUUUGAAUUCGCUUUCUAAGUGAUGUGAAAUCAGUCAUCAGUUUUCAGUCCCUGUUUUUUCUCUCCUUCUGUGUGCAUAUUUUUCUGUGCUUGUUUUUCUUGCUCUCAAACACAUACAUUUCCAGCUAGGAUAAGUUCUGAACCACAUCUCAAAAGCCAAUAGUAGCAAAAAAGAAGUGAUAUUUUCCAAACAAACGUGGUUUCUCUUUCCUACUCCUCCUUCUUGCUCCCUACCCCCUUUAACGUAGUGAUUUUUAGAUGCUUUUAUGAAUUAUGCCCUCAAAACAGAUACUGUACUGAGGCAAACUGCCAGUAAGUGUGGAUGCCCAGUUAAAACCAAUGUAAGACAAGAAAAUGUGAUUUCUCAAGAAAGAUAUUCUACAAAAGAGUCCUUUAUAUAAAGAAUUCUUUCUUGUAGUACACUUAAAUUUUAAAUUCACUCCUGCAUGACUAAGAGUUCCUUGCCCCAGGCUGUGAGCCCUUUUGAGGCCAGGGGUCAUGUUAGCAUCUAACACAUGGCCCAGGAAAUGAUUGCUGCUUUGGCAUCCGUCCGUCAGCUUUCCUCUCUUGUUAAAUCACCUAUGCUGUAGGAAUAAAUGGUAGGUGGAAAACCGAUGUUAACUCUUUUUAGUUUGUUGUAAGUGUGUCAGCAACCUUUAAGGAAAAGUCGCUGUGCUAGGAACUGAAAAAUACAUCCUGUUUAAAGCAAGUCCACUUGUCCCCAGGUGGACUCACCUCUCAUGGAGACCAGGGUCACUGGAAGACACCGGGUGAGAGGGUGGGAAAUGGAGCUGAGCUGUUAAGUGCCGUGAAUGGAUUUGUUCGACUUAAGUGGUGGUCAGAGUUUUGGUACGAAUCACGUUCAUAAGAGGCGAAAUGCAGUUUGGAGAGUCCGCUGUAAUCACAGGCUGUUCAUCCACGUGCCUGGGGCUCUGGGGGAGCAGUGUGGAGGUGCAGGCGUGAGGACGGCCGCGCCAGCACUGAGAGGGAACUGACACAGGGCGCCGUGCAGAUGUCGGUUAGAGAGCUAACAGAGAUUUCUCUCCUAGGUUCUUAGAGAGUCGUUUCCGAGAUGAUGUUGUCUUAUCCUUUUGAAUACAGGUCGCUUGGUCUGAGUUAAUGAUAAGGAUGGGAAGAAAGGAACCCUUCUUUCUAGCUCCUUGGUAAUACUCCUUUGACACAUUUCUAUUAACUCUUUAAAGAAGGAAAACCAGCUGAAAUAUUUGCUUUAACAAACAUUUUAAGAAGUCCUUUGGGGUCACUUUUCUCUCCUUUUUAAAAAUUAGAAUAUAUACUAUAUAGCAAUAAAACGAAAGACUAAUAUUAACUAUUUAUUGAAUGCUACAAUUUAAGUGAUUUUUCUAAAAAGCACAAUGUCAUUGAAAAUGUUUAUUUAAAAAGAGUUCAUAGCUCACAUUAAAUUUGUGAAGGCCAAAGAAAUUGACAGGAACAGUAAAGGAAGAUAAAGAAGACUUACAUCCCAUGUUUAGUAGAUUUUGAAUGCCAGGUAGUGUUUUACCCACAAAAACAUAUUUCAGAUUACUUUCUUUGUUUGUAGUGUUAGAACCUCAAGUUCAGAAGUUUUAAUAAUUGAAUCAGUUUCCCCCACAAUAUUUAAAGAUAGUUAAUAUAUCAGUAUUUCCCUACUUUGAUGAAUUUAACUAUCCUCAGAUCUGUGACAUGAGAACCAAUAGGACUGAUAAUAUUAGCUUUGAACCAGUAGUAUCCAGGGUUAAAAUAAAAAUCACAGUCAACUAGCAAGACUGUGAAGUGAUGCCGUAUUAACUUGUUGUAACAGUCUGUAAUAGCUUGAUAUCAAUGUUACGGAAUACACCAUAAAUAAUGGCUAAUGAGAACUUUUUUAGGAAAUUCUCAAAUUACCUUUCUUAUACACUAGUUUUCAGAAUGAAUACAGAAAUGAUCCUGUUAGCUUUUUAAGACUGUUCUGUGGUUAGUUUUUUUUUUUUCUUAAGUAUAACUUUUGGUAUUUGUUUAAAUUGUAUUUCUUGUGAGCUGGAAUUUUACAGUCGUCCUAGUUUUAUUUCAGUGUUCUGUUCUUUACAAUGAAUGUUUAGUUUGCUGAGCCAGUUGGUCGUUUCUUCUUCAUGUCUUCUAAGUCUGGUGACUCUAAUUCUGAACUGUGAAUAAGUGAGCAAAAACUUGCUGAGAAUUGCAUUUUGAAGCAAUCUGCCAAUAUAUUUGAAGUGUAUUCAUGUUUGUUGUUGUGUUAAAGAUUGUAUUGUACUAAGAAUGUAGCCAAUGUUUACUUUAGUUGUUAGUAAACAUUUCUGAUGCUAAAAGUUUAUUCAUUACUGUUGCUUUUAAAAAUAAGAAUAUUGCAUAAGUAUAAUCAAAAACCAUGUUUUCAAUCCAACUUCCCAAUUAUUUUAAAAAGGAUCAUUAGGUAAAAUCAAAGGCUCUACCUUUUCUGAUGUCACACUCUGUAGAUAUACUUUCUUGAGUCUUUUAGAAUUUCUUGUGACAAUAUGUGGUUUCUAGCAAAUCUACAGGGUAUCAGAGACCAGCAACUUUAAGUGAAUUGAUAGUUUCAAGGGAAGGCUAUUUAAGAUGGGUGCGUAGCAAGACAGCAUAUACUCCAGAUCUAAAGUUUCUGUAGUAUCUGGCAAUCUGUUAAUUAUAGAACAAAGACUCCUUUUACAGGAUCCUUUUAUAAACAGCAAGCUAAAAUCUCUACCCCCCAGUGCUUACAGCACUUGCUGUGUUUUGCAGGAGAGAGACAGAGUUACGCCAGAGCGGUCUAAAUGAAUAGACGUGCUGUUUUGCCUAUCCGUAGGACUGAGUCCAAUCUCUCCUCUCUCACUUUCGCUCCGUGUUGCUCUGCAGCAAAGCUGGGGGCUGCCACACCAGCAGGGAUCAUUUUUUCCACAGGUCACAAUUUUUACAAAAAAAAUUCAGCCUUACUCCUAGUGAAAAGGUUUUUUAAAAUUCUCUUUAGUUCACUAUCAGUAAGCGUUUACUGAGUGCUUAUUAAAGGCCAAGAAAUAAUUUCCCUAAAACUUGAGGCCACUUUUCAUUGAAGUGAAUUUAAGGAAAAAUAAAUUCUUUAAUUUUUUUUGGAUGAAGGGAAGAAGUACUUAUUACGUUUCUCUCAUUAAUCUGAAGGUAAAUGGUUCUCCUUCAUUUUAAAAAACGAUGUAGAAAUUUUAUUAGUUUAACAAACAUCCUGGAGAUAAAAACUCAUCUUGUAAUAAUAUACAGAGAAGUAGCCAGGUUAUAGGUCAUUUAACCAGCUGACCCCUUCCCAGGAAGUUUAUAUAUAACAAAGUAAAUAUUAUUUUCUUUUUGGUUAGCAUGUAUACAAGAGAUUAUUUCCAAGGUUGAAAAGACGUAUUUGGGAACUUCAUAUUAACAUGAUUCAUUGUCUCCAACACCAGGGUUCACAUAUGUAUUUUCUCAUAGAGAAUGCUGUUAUGUAUCUGCAUUUCCCUUUUCAUAUUGCAAGAAAUUUUUGAAUAUGGAGUAUAGAUGUGUAGUUGAAAAUAUGAAAUAAAAAAUGUAGCUUGUACACAA